UGUCAUGCCCUAACGCCUGUUGCCGUUACUACCACGGUUCAAUUACAAAAAUCUUUAGGAAUUUGGGUGUUUUCGGAAUGUAAGAACGCGGAAUUAACCUUUUUAUGCCAAAAUAUCGCCUAA